UCCCAGAGAUGUCUAUAUUAUAUAAUCUAUCAAAACUGCUUCCUCUCCUCUUCGUGAACAUUGUGCUUUGUAUGGCAGCAUGUAAUAAUGCAGAAUAUGAAAUCAAUGGAUGGUGUUGUCCAAUGUGUGAUCCAGGAAAGCGAGUUUAUAAACACUGUGAUGAGUUCAGAAGCACAACAUGUGAUUCAUGUCCCAUGAGCACUUACACUAAUAUUCCUAAUGGAUUCAUAGAGUGUGUGCCCUGUUCUGUGUGUGAUCAGAGUAAUGGGCUGAGAGUAAAGCAGGCAUGUACAGUAACAUCAGACACAGUGUGUGGACCUCUUCCUGGUUAUUACUGUAUAGACUCGUCAUAUAACUGUAAAAGAGCCAAGAAACAUUCAUCCUGCUCACCUGGACAAUACAUCAAGCAAACCGGAACAGAGUUCAGAGAUACAGUGUGUGAUCACUGUCCUGCUGGUUCAUAUUCAGAUGGGACACUCUGCAAAUUACAUACAGACUGUGAAUCUCUACACAAGACAACAAUCAGAGAAGGAACAGAUACGACUGAUGCUGAGUGCAGAGAUAGAGCAUCUUUACUGACAGUGAUUCUGUACUUGUCCAGCUCCUGUCUUCAUUGUCCUCGCGCUGAG